ACCUUCUCAACCCUGUGAAAACAACCUGUUGUUUCAAACCAUAAUUGUUUGUUUACAAACUGUCAAAAAAAAGUGCAAAAUGUCAUGCUAAAAAAUGCUUUCGACGAGUUUUGUUAAUAUGUAUCAACGUAGAGAGGAAUUAAAUAUAUACAAAUGGCAUCCUGAAUUGGUUUUAAUAUCAAGAUGUCCUUAUACUUUCGAGGGGUUUUUAAAUUUACCAAAAAUCUGUAAUAUUCAUGGAAAAACAGUUAUAAAGAUGAAAUUAGUUGUUCCUUUCUAUCCAAAUUUAGACGAUAUAAAUGUUUAUUUCACUGAAAAUUUUCGACGUUCUUUUAAAAAUGACUUUCAAGAAUUAUUGGAAAAUUCAUUGCAGAAUGAAUCGUCUCUGCAUUCGUUUUUAAAUCAAUUAAAGGAAUAUUUUUUACAGCAAGUGAAAAAGGAUUGUGCUCAUUACAAAUGUAUCACUAACGAAUCAACUGAUCAUAUUUCUUUGAAAAAUAGACUUAAUGAACUAAGGGAAUUGCUUCACAAUACUUCAGAAAUAAAAGUGUCAUCUGAUUCCGAUAUGAAGAAUAUUAAAUUGACGGGAAAUGGUAUUUCGAUAAUUGUUCAAAAUAAAGAAGGAAAUAUGUGGAAAAUUGUGAAUUCAGAAAUUCCGAAUAUUUUAGACAAUAAAUCAAUUGAAAAUACUCCAUUGUCAUUGAACAGAAUUUGUAAUAUUUUUAUGAUAAAACUUGAAAGUCUAAAGAGAGUUUGGAAUGAAUUGGAGGAAAUCGAUUCAGAAUGUUGGGUGAUCGAUCCAGUUAAACCAAAGCCACAUCAACUUUAUCGAAGAAUUUAUCUCUCAGAUUCAUUGUCCCUUAUGAUGACACUGGAUCUUUCUUACCUGUCAAGUGUACCAAAUGUAAAACUUGUUGGCUGUGAAUCAGAGGUUUUAAAAUAUCGCGAAAAUCUCUCAGAUCGUAUACAGCUCUGGGAUUGUGAGUAUUCACUGUUGCAUAAUUUGUACUUGUUACUCAAUAUUAACGAAUUUCCACAAGCUCCAGAGAAAGCGAGUGAAGAUGAAAAUGUUGGAAUAAUAAGUGACGAGGAGUGUUGCAUUUGCUUUGAAAAAGAAUGCGAAAAUCAAUUGCCGAAUAUAAUUUGCAAUAAUACACGAUGUAGAAAAAAUUUCCAUUCCAUUUGUUUACGACAGUGGUUGGAAUCUGCGAAUGGAAAAAUAACAGCAUUCGAUCAAAUUCAUGGAGAAUGUCCACAUUGUCAUGAAAAAAUUGUUUGCUCAAGAAACUAGAUAAUUUCACAGUCAUUGAUUCUCAUAUUUCAAUUUUGUAAAUAUUAAACACUUCCAUAAUUAUACGAGAGACUUUAAUACUGUUUCUGAAUUAAAAAUGCAGAAUACAAAUUUUAAGAUUAAAUAGGUUUUAUAUUUUAAAUUUUGUAAACUAAAGUUAAAAAUAAAUAUUUAAAUAUGUUAAAGAUUUAA